GCUGUGUGUCUGAGUGGGAGAUGGACUGAGUGAGGGCGCUCUUUCGACCAGUGCUGCUGAUAGCAUUGCAAUACCCACAAGCUAGGUUGAAAUAAUUGACGAUUUCAGGUCUGAAUCAACAAGAAAAACACAGUACCAUUAUCAGUCUUUCACAUCCCACUCCAAACACACUAACACGGCAUUGAUGGUAAUGUAUGCAAGGAAACAACCGAGACUCGGCGAUGGGUGCGACCGAAGAGAUUCUCAGCCCUAUCAGACUCUCAAAUACUCGUCCAAGAGCCAUCCAGGAGGGGACCACCGGCAUGAAAAGAUGCGAGACUCCUCAGAUGUCACUCCUCCCUGCAAAAUGCUCAGGAGGUCUGACAGCCCUGAAAACAAACACAUCGACAGCACAGGGCACAGCAGAGCAAAGGCUGUCCACACACACCGGGCCAGAGACAGGGAUGGAGGGACCAGUUAUUCUCCGCAAGAAAAUUCUCACAACCACAGUUCCCUUCAUAGCUUCAACUCACAUUCUAACCCCAGCAAGACCUCAGACACACCUUACGAACCUGGUGACGACUGGUCAGAGCACAUCAGUUCCUCUGGAAAGAAAUACUAUUACAACUGUAGGACAGAGGUGUCCCAGUGGGAGAAGCCCAAAGAAUGGCUUGAGAGAGAACAGAGGCAAAAAGAAGCAACAAAGACUGCUGUUGUCAACAGUUUCCCCAAGGACAGGGACUACAGAAGGGAGGCAAUGCAAGCAUCGGCAGCGCCUGGAUUUACUGGUCCUAAGUCAGCCCAGGUGGAGAAACCUGCAGCAGCUCUUGCCACCCAGUCCCAGUCAUCAUCUUCAGGCUCAGGAAGCUUGAACCCCUCAUCGGGACCACCUGGAUCGUCUGCGUCCACAGUACCCGUGUCCCCAGUCCUGCAGUCCCCAGCUCCUCCCCUACUCCAGGACCCCACCCUGCUUCGCCAGCUUCUCCCAGCACUUCAGACUGCCCUGCAGCUCAACAAUGCCAGCGUGGACAUGGCAAAAAUAAAUGAAGUUCUCACAGCUGCUGUCACACAAGCUUCAUUACAGUCGAUGCUUCACAAGAUCCUCACUGCUGGACCAUCAGCUUUCAAUAUCACUACUAUCCUCUCUCAAGCUGCUCAACUCUCUAACCAAGCUCAGCAAUCAAACCAGUCACCAAUGUCAUUAACAUCGGACGCCUCAUCGCCAAGGUCCUAUGUUUCUCCGAGGAUCAGCACACCACAGACCAAUGCUGGUCCUCUAAAGCCCCUCCUCAGCACGCAGCCUGUCAUCUCACAGCCAAAAGUGAGCGCGGUAGCAGCGAAGCAGGCGUCUCACAACCAGCCCACAUCCCAGCAGCCCCUCUCCAGCGAUAAGCAGCACAGUCACGAUGCCACCACGGCCUCCCCACGCACCAUCCAGCGCCAAGGCAGUCAGAGGAGUCCCUCCCCAGGUCCCAACCAUGUCGCCUCCAGCAGCAGCAACGCCCCCAACUCUGCCUCGGCUCCCCCCACGGCCUCAGGAGCCCGGCCCUCCUGCUCCUUCACCCCCACCCUUGCUGCCCACUUCAAUGAAAACCUUAUCAAACAUGUACAGGGAUGGCCUGCCGAGCACGCGGAGAAGCAGGCGUCAAGACUACGUGAAGAGGCCCACACCAUGGGCAGCAUCUGCAUGUCUGAGAACUGCACCGAGCUCAAAAACCUGCGGUCUUUGGUCCGAGUCUGUGAAAUACAAGCAACAUUGCGUGAGCAGAGGAUACUGUUUCUGAGACAGCAAAUCAAAGAACUUGAAAAGUUGAAGAAUCAGAAUUCUUUCAUGGUCUGAGAACUUCUGGUUGCGAGUCGGAGCGGGCGUCGGGGGGUGAAAGAGGGGGCGGGGAGACCCAUUGCACAUAGUUGGAGGCUGGAGGAAGAGCAGUUGUUCAGUUCCUCUUGAGCCCAGUCUUAACACUCACACACAGGAGCUGCAGUCGGGUUGGCUUUGGACCGUUGGGCUGGGAGAACCAAGAGGGAGGAAUGAAGAGCUGUGGCGGGAGGAGGA